UUCAGUAAGCCCCAUAUCCAAGAGUUAUAUCAUACUAGACCCUACCAUGUGAUAGGUUCAUUCUUUAAAACCAUUUUACAGUAAGAAUCUGAAAUACUAAACUCAGUAUUAUUUUUAUCCUUAAUUUGUAUUUGUCUUGACUAACACCAAUGUACAAUAUUAUACUUGAAUAUCCUUGACACAUAUCAAUAUUCCGUGUAGUGACGAGUAAUUAAUUAAAUUCAUGUAAGAUUGUCAGAUCAUGUAAGAUAUCACCAUUCCUGGGAGUGUACACAUACCGUAAAGUGGAGGUCUCCUAAUUCACUUACUAUCACAUACAUACCUCUUCUUAUGCCAAGAUGAAUCAUACAGCCAGGGUUACCAUAGCAACGACGGUGGCUGUAACUGGGGCGGGAGUAUUACUGUAUGCGUUAUAUCAGAAGUUUCGGAGCAAGGAGGGAGAUGUUGAUGAGACUGAUUCUGGACCUUUUGUACCGAAUAUCACCAAAUAUGGUAAACCUGCUGCGGUACAGGAGUUAAAGAAGCCAGGGUAUUUCAUCAUGUACAACAAUCAAACAAAGACGCCGGUUUAUGUGGUGGAGAAGUUGACGCCUGAGACCUUUACUGAAGGAAUUCAUGUCGAACGGGAUCACAUGGGGUUCCACAUUGAAGAUGCGAUCUGGAGUGAUGCUAUCCGAUCUACUAACGCUGAUUAUGCCGGGUCGGGGUAUGAUCGUGGUCACAUGGCAGCUGCUGCAAACCACACCAGUUGUCAGGACGCUACUAUGGAUACCUUUACUCUGAGCAACGCUGUGCCUCAGUUCCCGGCCUGUAACCGAGGCAACUGGAAGAUUUUAGAGAAUUACGCCCGGGCACUUGUUAAAGCCAGUGUUGGAGUCUACGUUUACUCGGGUCCCCUGUUUAUACCGCAAGAGACAGGCCAGUCACAUGAUAGAUAUGUGAUAUAUCAAGUGAUCGGCCAGCAUACUGUAGCCGUCCCCACUCACUUCUUUAAGAUUAUCAUCGUGGAGAGAUUCAAGGUAAAGGCCACAGUGGAAUGUUUUCUGGUGGAGAAUGCCCCAAAUUUGAAGAGUUUGACUCUGCAGGAUAUGGGUGUGGAGUUGUCAGAUAUUGAGAGGUGGUCUGGUUUGGUAUUUGAUAAACUGCACAAACUUGUCUGAUUUUAGCCGUCCUCCAGCGCCUGUAAUGGCGUGUUCAGAGACUUUUAAUAUUUAAUGUUUUAUUUUUUGAUGUCAGACAUUUUUCAGUUUUAACGAUAACAAACAAUGUAUAUUUUUUGUCGAUAACAAACAUUUCAAAGUAACUAUAGUACUAAUACUAUUAAAACUAUUUUGUCGAUAUUAAUAAAAAUGCAUGAUUGUUAUCAAUACAUAGUUAUGUGAGCUAUUUAGAAUAUUAUAUUAUUGCUUCAGUCUUAAUUUCAGAAGUUUUAUCAAUUGUCAGUGCUAUAGUGUAUGAUACGUGAAUCGAUUUAAAAUGGAACAUAAUUUUGCAUGCUAUUCGGUGUAAGAUUAACCGCACUGUGAGUGCUCCAGUUUAUUAUCUGCUUGAGAAAGUUGAUGGUCUCUCUUGAGACUUUUUGCCGAUCGUAAAUUGUGUAAAAUCGUGUGAAUUAAGACUAUUUACCGUAUGUUUAUUUUGUUGAGACUUUUUAGCUAUUGAAUUGAGGUAAAUGUGCACCAACCAUUUUAUUUACAGUAUACAAUUUUAUUUAUUGAGAAUGAGAACAAUUUGUUAAUUGUUCAUUGCAGUUAGAAAUCGACCUAAAAUUUGGCAAGUCCAAGGUUUGGGUUUGAGUUUUUCACUGGUUUGGUUCGAAGAUGUAAUCAUAUCUCCCUCGGACACAUAUCAAGAAUCCUCCUCAAAUAAACACGCUCUCCACGACUAACUGAAAUUCAUUAAAAAAAAGCUCUGGUUGGGCCAUAUCCAGAAAGACGACAGAU